GCGGAGUGAUCUAAGGGGGGCGGGUGUCGCGGAUUCCCGGAGAAACAUAACUUUGUAACUUUUUGUCCUAUUUCUGGUUGAAUUCAGUCAGUUUAUUGAAAACAUUUCUCCAAUUCUACGUGGAUGAUCCGUCGUCUUCGAUGAGGGACACUCGGCUGGACUUGUUGCUAAAGUAACGGUUAGCUGUUAGCCACUUAGCUCCGUUAGCCGCUGAGGCAGCGGCGCACAGAGCCGAGUUUGCCCGGAUUGGGACAUCCGGGCGGCGGGGCGGAGCUGCUGCUCUCACCGCUGAGAGGAGGAAGCUUCCGGGCAGGUCCGGGGUGGAGGGGAGGGGCGCUGCGGGGGGAACGGGGCGGGUAUGGGCACCAGAACCGGAUCCGGACCGGGACCGAUGAACUCCGAGGCGGACGGAGGCCAGUUCGAGGACCGGGAGUUCAGCACCGAGGUGGUCUACAGCGGCUCCGACCAGGACUCGGACUCCGGGGAUGACGAGGACACGGUGGGCUCUGGCGGGGACAGGAGGGGCGUGAAGCGGGUGAGGAGCAACAGGGACCCCGAGCGUCAGUCCUCUUCCUCCGGAGGCCUGAUGGCCGGGGGUUACGGUGGGCUCAGCCCCGGGGUACCGGGAGUCAAACCCGGAAAGAAGACCAGGGGCAGAGUCAAGAUCAAGAUGGAGUUCAUCGACAACAAGCUGAGGCGCUACACCACCUUCAGCAAGAGGAAGACCGGCAUCAUGAAGAAGGCGUACGAGUUGUCCACGUUGACCGGGACCCAGGUGCUGCUGCUGGUCGCCAGCGAGACGGGUCACGUCUACACCUUCGCCACCAGGAAGCUGCAGCCGAUGAUCACGUCGGAGACGGGCAAGGCCCUGAUCCAGACCUGCCUCAACUCCCCCGACUCGCCGCCGCGCUCCGACCCCUCCACCGACCAGAGGAUGAGCGCCACGGGCUUCGAGGAGACCGACCUCACCUACCAGGUCUCCGAGGCGGAGGGCCUCCCCGAGGGCGCCAAGGACCUGAUCAAACCGUCCUUCAGCCUGUCCGGCUCCGCCCAGCCUUCGUCCUCCACCUCCUCCUCCUCCUCCUCCUCCUCCUCCAACGGGACGCUGCUGAAGACGUCGGCGGGCGUCGUCCUCCCUGGAGGCUUCACCUUGAUGUCAGGUGCCUCGCUGCCCCCCGGCACGCACACCAUCCCCCUCAGCCAGCUGCAGGGCCAGUCCCUGACCAUCCAGGGCCCCGUGGCCCCGGCCCCCGCUGCCACGCUGCACGCCACGCCCACUCAGUCGACCACGCUGCUCCGCCUCCCCGCCACCGUUUCACUGUCAGGGUCUGGAGUCUCUCAGCAGCUACAGACCAUCCAGGUCCAGACCAGCAGUCAGCAGGGCUCCACCAUCCACAGCAGCUCUGACAUGCACUGCCCCGCCUCCUCUUCAGCCAGUCUUCCCGUCUCCAUCGUCUCCACCUCCACCUCCUCCUCCUCCUCCUCCUCCUCCUCUGUAUCGGGUCACAUGAUGUUACCCGGCGGUCACACGGUGAUGUACGCCACACCGACGCCGUCGCUGGCCGAUGGCGGCCUCACCGUCCUCAACACCUUCUCAUCCACGGGUCACGCUCAGUCACACGACCCCGCUGCCGUCUCUCAGGUCUUCCUAACGUCUCUCCCUCCAGUUGCCGCUCAGAUCCCUGUGUCUGCGGUCCAGCUGCACCCGAUGGUGAUCAGUCAACAGAGCAGCAGCAACCUGACGGAGCUGCAGGUCGUCAGUCUGGACGUCCACCAAUCAAAAGAGGACCAGUUAGCAGCUGUACCGAGCGGCGCGCGGAAAGUUUCGAGUCGUCGUCCGAAAUUAAAAUCUUCGAGAAAGAUGGCUGCUGGAGGGACGCAGGGCAGGAAGAGGCUCCUGAAGGAGGAGGACAUGACCAAGGUGGAGUUCGAGACCAGCGAGGAGGUGGACGUCACCCCUACGUUCGACACCAUGGGGCUCCGGGAGGACCUGCUCCGCGGCAUCUACGCCUACGGCUUCGAGAAGCCGUCGGCCAUCCAGCAGAGAGCCAUCAAACAGAUCAUCAAAGGCAGAGACGUCAUCGCUCAGUCCCAGUCCGGAACAGGAAAGACGGCCACCUUCUGUGUGUCGGUGCUGCAGUGUCUGGACAUCCAGGUGAGGGAGACCCAGGCGCUGAUCCUCGCUCCAACCAGAGAGCUGGCCGGACAGAUUCAGAAGGUGCUGCUGGCUCUGGGAGACUACAUGAACGUCCAGUGUCACGCCUGCAUCGGAGGAACCAACGUUGGAGAGGACAUCCGCAAACUGGACUACGGCCAGCACGUGGUGUCCGGCACACCUGGACGAGUGUUUGACAUGAUUCGUCGCAGGAGUCUGAGGACGAGAGCCAUCAAGAUGCUGGUUCUGGACGAGGCCGACGAGAUGCUCAACAAAGGCUUCAAAGAGCAGAUCUACGACGUGUACCGGUACCUGCCUCCGGCCACUCAGGUGGUUCUGAUCAGCGCCACCCUGCCUCAUGAGAUCCUCGAGAUGACCAACAAGUUCAUGACCGACCCGAUCCGGAUCCUGGUGAAACGUGAUGAGUUGACUCUGGAGGGCAUCAAGCAGUUCUUCGUGGCCGUGGAGAGAGAGGAGUGGAAGUUCGACACUCUGUGUGACCUGUACGACACCCUGACCAUCACACAGGCCGUCAUCUUCUGCAACACCAAGAGGAAGGUGGACUGGCUAACGGAGAAGAUGAGGGAGGCCAACUUUACGGUGUCGUCGAUGCACGGAGACAUGCCGCAGAAAGAGAGGGAGUCCAUCAUGAAGGAGUUCAGAUCGGGAGCCAGUCGCGUUCUGAUCUCCACCGACGUCUGGGCUCGUGGUCUGGACGUCCCUCAGGUUUCCCUGAUCAUCAACUAUGACCUGCCCAACAACAGAGAGCUCUACAUCCACAGGAUUGGUCGGUCUGGUCGCUACGGCCGUAAGGGUGUGGCCAUCAACUUUGUGAAGAACGACGACAUUCGGAUCCUGAGAGACAUCGAGCAGUACUACUCCACCCAGAUCGACGAGAUGCCCAUGAACGUGGCUGAUCUGAUCUGAUCCGAUCUGACCUGGAUGACAUCACACAGAAGCCCCGCCCCUUUCUUCCUGUUGUUUUUAGUGUUUUUUUUUUUUUCUUAAUUUGACGUUGGAGAGUUGACCGUCAGCUUUGUUUUUGUAAAUAAAGAUGUUUUGGUUUGAAGAAA